AUGCAGGCCGCAGACAACUUAACAGAAGAACAGAUUGCAGAAUUUCAGGAAGCGUUUACGCUUUUUGACAAGGAUGGUGAUGGGACUAUUACAACCAAAGAACUGGGGACAGUUAUGAGAUCACUAGGACAAAAUCCCACGGAGGCAGAACUUCAUGACAUGAUAAACGAGGUUGAUGCCGACGGAAAUGGAACAAUAGAUUUCCCAGAAUUCUUAACAAUGAUGGCGAAAAAGAUGCAAGGCAGCGGAGAUGACCAAGAGGAACUACGAGAAGCAUUCCGGGUAUUUGAUAAAGAUGGAAAUGGCUUUAUCAGCGCAGCUGAACUAAGACAUGUUAUGACAAAUCUAGGAGAAAAACUUACGGACGGAGAAGUUGACGAAAUGAUACGGGAAGCUGAUACAGAUGGCGAUGGUCAAGUAAAUUAUUCAGAGUUUGUGAAGAUGAUGACACACAAGUGA